GCAAUAACGCCCCGACACAGCCCUGCGACUGAUAUCUAUUUGGUUCAGGGUAUUCCCGCGCCCGCAUAUUGUCAACGCCCCCGUAAUCGCCAUCUGGACAGAACGUUAUUCUCAGUUCGCUCGGCCUUUCGAAUUACCCCAAACCUACGAACGCGAUGUUGUUCAAAAAGCGGGAGAAGGACAUUGAGAUGUCAGAGAUAAAACAGCAAAGAACCUACGAGGACACAGAGGAGACGCAGUACCGGCCAGUCAACUGGAAGAAGUUGUUGUUCACGCCAAAAUAUAUACCAAUUCAUCUUCUUUUCAUAGCGGUUGGCAUAGCUACUGCUGUUCUAACGUUGCAUCAUGAUGAGGUCGUGAAAAAAUUACGCCCAUUUUCGGAGGACGUGCGAGACCUGCCAGCUGGGUUUCUCAUACCCAUUUUCAUACUAAUAAUCAUAUCGUUUCCUCCUCUCUUUGGCCAUGAGAUUAUUGCCUUCCUGUGCGGUAUCGUCUACGGGCUAUGGGUUGGGUUCGCUAUUGUAGCAGCCGGGACUUUCAUCGGCGAGAUUGGUACCUGGUUCGCAUUCAAACACCUGUUCCGUAACAAGGCUGCGAAGCUCGAACGCACGAACCUGAAUUAUGGCGCAAUGGCUCGCAUGACGCGCGAUGGGGGCUUCUUCAUUGUCGUCAUCAUCCGCCUUUCCGCCGCUCCUGCGCAUUUCAGCACGGCCGUUUUCAGUACCUGCGAUGUCAAAUUUUGGCACUUCGCCAUAGCAACACUGCUCUCGAUGCCGAAGCAGAUCUUCCUUGUGUAUUUGGGCGUACUGAUGGUAGAAAAAGAGGGCGAGGAUGACAAUACACAGACCAUCAUCUUCGGUAUUAUAUUUUUGAUCACGGUUGCAUUAGGCGUGUGGAUCUUCAUGAAAAUGAAGAAGAUCAAGGUCGUUUUGCUGGAAGAACAGGAAAAGCGCAGGGUGGAUAGAGAGGAGCAGCGUUUGGUAGAGGAUGAGAGCAGUUCUAGCAGGCGGUUCGGUGAAGAGCCAGCUGAGUGGGAUAUGCAGCCAACACAGCCAGCUAGGGGUUUGACAUCCAAUAUUGAGUAGACAACAGCAUAAUGAGGCAAUGAACCACUGGUACGCUCGA